GGCUCAGUGACCUGGUUCCCCCCUCCCAGCACAGCCGUCCUGCAGCGGAGACUGUCCGUCCGGAGCGGAGACACCAGAUUCAGAGUGGAGACGCCUGGUCCGGGACAGGGACCCCAUCUUCAGCGUCGAGAUCCCAGGUCUGGGGGAGAGACAUUUGGUCUGGAGCUGGGACCCCAAUCCAGAGCAGAGAUCCCAGAGCAGAGACCCCAAAACACCCCCUAGGCUUUGCAGCAAUGACUGGCAAAACCGCACCUCCAGCCGCAGACCCGGCUCCCGCAGCCCCAAAGGAAGAACCAGCACCAGCCCCAAAGGAAGAAGAAGAACCAGCACCAGCUGCUGAAGAGGGCCCAGCCCCCGAGCAUCCCCCUGCCGCGGAGCAGCCCCCAGCCCCCACAGACGAUUCAGCUCCCGUCCCCAGAGCAGAAGCAACUCCAGCCCCCGAAGAAGGUUCCCCAGCCGCCCCAGCUGAGCCCCCUGCCCCUGAGCCUGAGAAACCCAAAGCAGAGCCGCCCAGCUCCCCCUUGUCCCUGUCUGUGGAAGAAGUGAGCGAAAACUCGGUUACGCUGACCUGGAAAGCCCCUGAGAAGACGGGCCGGUCAGGCCUGGAUGGAUACGUGGUGGAGAUCUGCAAAGAUGGAAGCGCAGACUGGGCAGCGGUGAACAAGGAGCCCUUUCUUUCCACCCGGUACACGAUCCAGGACCUCAGCUCCGGUGACAAGCUCCAUGUGCGGGUGAAGGCUGUCAGCGCCAGCGGCACCAGCGUCCCGGCUACCUUGGAGCAGCCGGUGCUCGUCAGAGAGAUCACCCAGCUCCCGAGGAUCCGCAUGCCUCGUCACCUGCGGCAGACUUACGUCAGGCGCGUUGGGGAUGCUGUGAACCUCAUGAUCCCUUUCCAGGGAAAGCCACAGCCCCAGGUGGUCUGGACCAAGAAUGAUCAGCCCCUGGACACCAGCCGUGUCCACAUCCGCAACACAGACAAGGACACGAUCUUCUUCAUCCGUGAGGCGCAGCGCGGCGACUCGGGCAAGUACCAGCUGGCUGUGAAGAUAAAUGGAGCAGAGGACAAGGCCACUCUGGACAUCCGAGUGAUUGAGCCGCCAGGUCCCCCCCAGAACCUGAAGCUGGUAGAUAUUUGGGGCUUUAACGUGGCCCUGGAGUGGUCCCCCCCAGCGGACAAUGGGAACUCUGAGAUCAAAGGCUACACUGUGCAGAAGUCGGACAAGAAAAGCGGGAAAUGGUUCACAGCACUGGAGCGCUGCACCCGCACCAGCUGCACCAUAUCCGACCUCAUCAUGGGCAACACCUACUCCUUCCGCGUGUUCGCGGAGAACGCCUGCGGGCUGAGCGAGAAAGCAGCCGUCGCCUCCGGGGUGGCCCACAUCGAGAAGACAAAAACUGUUUACCAGCCAGAGAAGAUCCCUGAACGGGACAUGAUGGAGCCUCCAAAGUUCACCCAGCCCCUGACAGACCGAGCCACCACCCGGGGCUACAACACGCACCUCUUCUGCUCUGUCCGGGGCUUCCCCCAGCCCAAAAUCAUCUGGAUGAAAAAUCAGAUGGAGAUACGGGAAGACCCAAAAUACAUAGCGUUGAUUGAUCAGGGUGUCUGCUCCCUGGAAAUCCGCAAGCCCGGCCCUUUCGACGGGGGCAUCUACACCUGCAAAGCUGUGAACCCCUUGGGAGAAGCUUCGGUAGACUGCAAACUUGACGUGAAAAUGCCCAAGUGAGGACGGGUUGGAGGGUGAGACGAAGAGCGAGGCGGAUGCUGCAGCAGCAAAGCACACAGUGAUGCUCCCGGCCACAGCCCCCCUGCCUGCGGGCCUGCCCCCUCCCCGGUGGUGCUCCCAGGGUCCCACACGUUGGCCUGGCCAUGGCAUGGCCCUCCCUGGAUGUGUUCUUACCUGUGACAAUAAAACAAGUCUGUCUGAGCUUUGGUCCUCAGCAAA